AUGGGAUCAGCAUUCAGCGGGGGUGCGACCGUGCGAGCAGCGAGUGAUGCAAGUAGAAUGAGUGGUUGGGCUGGUCCCGGGCCAGGACGAGCGUGUAUACGCCAGGGAUUGUUUAUUGGUGGAACUAUGAGUAAAACACAUUUGCGUACCUUGGAACCACGUGAAGACAUUGUAGAGCAAAUCGCCUCUCAGAACAUCAGCCGAACCAUUUUUAAGCUUCAAAUCCUCUCUUAUUGUGGGGGGUCAUCUCUCACCCAAGAACUACAAGAACUCAUCGGGGAGUGUGUAGUUCAGAGGAAGCUGUCAGGACCCGACGGGAAAGCCAUCUACGCCGUGAUCGGUUUCCUCAGAACAAUUCCCAAAGAGGUUUUACUGGGAUGGGACACCGUUCCAGUAAAACCAUACAUCCCAAGACCAAUAAGGUGCUGCCAUUGUCAGCGCUACGGCCACACAGCCAAGAAAUGCCGGGCUCGGGAGGUCUGUGCCACGUGCAGGACGACCGGACACCAUCUCACCUCGUGUCAAGCAACACAAAAGAAGUGCACAGUCUGCGACGGCCCUCAUUCCUCCUUCGACCGUGAGUGUCCCAAGUGGAGGGAGGAGUGUAGGAUAGCCAAGCUGCGAUACGAGAAAAAAAUAAGCUAUAAGGAGGCUAGCCUUAGAGUUAAGAAAAAGAAAAUAAGAACGAAGAAAAGAGACAAGAGAAAGAAGAACAGAAGAAACAAGAGUACAAAGAAAUAG